UUUUGUCUUCGUAAAUAAAUAUAGUUUAGAGCUAUAUACUCGACGCAAAGUUAGCUUAUUAAAUUAAUCGACUUGAUUAGCUUAACUGACAUUAGGAAAACAAAACAAAAUGGCUGCAGCUAGACAAGCCUUUUCUCAAUUCUUUGCCAAAGAUAAGACUUUUAAGCCAAAGAAAAGAUUUGAGAGUGGCACUUUGAAAUACAAUCUUCACAAACAGGCCAAUGCUUCUCUGAACUCUGGUAUUGAUUUAAAGGAAGUGGUAAAAUUGCCACCUGGUGAAGAUGUCAAUGACUGGAUAGCUGUUCAUGUUGUGGAUUUCUUCAACAGAAUCAAUCUUUUAUAUGGAACAAUUUUUGAACACUGUACAGAGCAAACAUGCCCAACCAUGUCUGGUGGACCAAAGUAUGAGUAUCACUGGUGUGACGGAGUCAACUACAAAAAACCCACUGCUCUGCCUGCACCACAGUAUAUCACCCUCCUAAUGGAGUGGGUAGAGGCACAGAUCAAUGAUGAAAAUCUCUUCCCAGUUCAAGUUGGUAAACCUUUUCCUAAGAAUUACAUGAGUAUAGCCAAAAAGAUAUUAAAGAGACUCUUUAGGGUGUUUGUUCAUGUCUAUAUACAUCACUUUGACAAACUUUUAGCUAUUGGCGCAGAAGCACAUGUCAACACUUGUUACAAACAUUUCUACUAUUUUGUUACUGAAUACAAUCUCAUUGACAAGAAGGAACUGGAGCCAUUGAGGGACAUGACAGAAAGAAUAUGCCAUUAAAUCUUCAUUUAAGAUUCAGAUCUAAUUGUACUUUGAGAUUAUUUGUAACAACACGACAGUUAGUAAGUGAUGAACUAGAUUGGGGCUUAACUUGACAAUAGUAUCUUAUAAACCAUUCCAAAAAAAAAAAAGAAAACAACAAAAAAAUUAAGAAGACAUUUGUCUUAAAACUUAUUUAAAAUCCAAAGCUUCCUGUUACUUCAUCUUUGUUGAGAGUAGUGCUUUUUGUCUGAAGUCAAGGAAACGAUUCAGUGUAAUGUUGAUCAAUACUUCGUUUACUGUUUCAUGAAUAGCUGAUAGCAAUUGAUUUGGUCAUUGUUGAGAUGUUACUGUAUAAUAUAUACAAGGUGUUGUUUUUUUCUGUAGGGUGCCAUGUUUAUAUAGAAUGUACUAUACAUGUAUCAGCUUUCUAUUUUCUGUUUACCAAUCUUGUUUUGUAACUGUAUAACAUUUAGUUUAGAGUGUGAACUGUAUAACAUUCUUGGGUAUUUUUUUAAGCUAAAUAUACUAAAUUAAUAUUUCCCAGUUUUGUGUAAUCAGUUCUCCUCCCUUUGCAACUGACCAAAAAAAAACAUUGUUUUAAUAUUGCAUUAUUUGUUUUGUAUUCCUAGUUUCCAUUGCUUGACAACUCAUAAUGUUCAAUUUGGUUUUAUUUCAAAUGUUAGAAGUACAAAUUUCGUUGUAUGUUGAUUUAUCUUCAAAAGUUAUCUCAACAUGUAGAUAAUACAACAACACUGUUUGCAGAAUGAUGUGCGCAAUAAUAAACUAUGCUUCCAUAUAAAAAUGCGCUAUUUUAAAGUUCCUUUUUACCAGACGAUUUUUAUGCUUUAAUUUUGAACUGGUCAUGACCAUAGGGUCACAUCUGUGAAACAUUUUGUAAGUUCAUAUUGGACUGGACUUGUUUCUUUACUAUGUAGUACGUUUUCUCCUACUUUUUAUAUUUUAGUUGUUCAUUUUUAAAGCCAACCUUUUCUAUUUGUUCUAGCCAAUUAGAUAUUUCAAUUAUAAACUAUUUAAAAAAAGGGGAACAAAUGGAAUCUAUGAUUUCAUUAAAAAUGUAUCCUUGCAAAAUGAACUACUGGGAUUGUUGGAAUCCAUUAUGAAUUAGUCCAAAGCUUACUAUUGUAAAAUUUCUUAGUUAUGUGAGUUGGUAGGUUUGGCUUACCAAUGAUUCUAAACAGAAUCUUUUCUUUUAAAAAUAAUGUAUAGCUAAGGGAAAAUGUUCUUCCCUUUAAAACAUCAAUGUAGACCCUAACUACUGAACUCAUAUUGAUACAAUCAUGUUCUAACAACACUUCAGUUUAUUUUCCACAUUGUGCUGAAACGAACAAAUGUUUUGUUCUUGCUAGUCAGCAAUCAUUGAUUGUCCCAGGUCCUGUAUUUAUUUAUAAAUCCAUUAUUUCUUUAACACUAUACUUUGUGUUAUAUAUUUACUUUUUUUUUUAAUUGUAAAAAAAACAGUAAACUGUAAAAUAUUAUACCAUACAUACAUUUGAUGACAUAUACAAAUGACUCUCUGAAGACAAGUGUACAAUAUUUUUUUUUCUAAAUACUGUCAUCCCCUUGGCAUUAUCUUGUUUUAUUAACCUUUCAUCAUUAAUCUGUGUACUUUGAACAUUAUACAACUAACAAAAUAUUCCAAUUAAACUUCAAACAUUAUUUCAAAUAAUUUUCAGUGACCAUUUCACAUAUAUUGCAAGUCACAUUGACUUGACUUAUACCUGUGAACCCCCAGGGAAGCAUAGGGAUGCAACCACAUCUCUCCACCAAAUUUGGUUCUGAGCAGCUUUCUUCAUCUGCUCCCAUGUCAUCCCAGUAUCCUCAGCUUCGCUGAUAACUGACCUCAUCCAGGUUUGCUUGGGUCUGCCCACGUUUUUCCUUCCAGAUUCCAAGUGGCCUGCCUUGAAACAUCCUGCUCCAUUUCCACUUUUUAAUAUCCCUGCCUAUGGGUUUUUGCUUUGUUCUCUCCAAGUUGACAGUAAAUACCUUUUCAGUCCACUCAUUCCCAAUAUCCAGCGUAGGCAACUGUUGGCAAAGGUCUGGAGUUUUUAAUUAUUGUUUUUGUUGCUCUCCAUGUCUCAGUGUGUUUUGGAGCCCUAGAUAGUUUGAAGAGUGGUGAAGGCUAAUCUAGCUUUGUUAAUUGAUUUUGUUUAUAGUCAUCACUUCCACUGUCUUAGCUAACCCUACUUGACUGUCUCAUAGCCUUAUCAAUCACCAAUAAAAAUUAUCAAGGGUGAAGGCAUACAUCCCUGUCUUACUCCUGUUUAAACUAGAAAAGGAUUAGUUGUGUGUUACUUGGCAUGAUGAGCCAUCAUACAACUGUUGUAUGAUGUUGGUGAACUUUGUUGGAAUUCCAAAAUGAUUCAUCAACCUCCAAAUUAUGUCAGUCAUACUGUCAAAGGCUUACUCAAAAUUUACAAAGGUCAUGUGCAAUGGAUUGUUCUAUGUUAAUGAGUAGUGUGGCAAUCUGGUCAGUACAUACAUUUUCCUUCUGGAAAGCAGCCUGUUUUAGUCCCUAACCCUUUUGUCACAUUACUUGGUGAUUUGGAUCUCAAUCCCAAUCUGAAAUUGUCAACAUCAACUUUCAACUGAUAGGGUUAGGUUGAUUUUGACAAGUAAUUUAUUCUAAUCAACACACACACACACACACACACAUAGAAUUAAACAUAUUAUUCAUAAAUUAGUAUUUACAUCAUUUUGCAUUGUGAUAUAGAACAAGAUAAUACCUGGGGGACAAAGUCUAAAGCUGUUCAAUUAGAUUAAAAUGAAUGUAAUGUUCUCUAGCCUUGUUAAUUGCCUCAUCAAAUGACUGUGUGCCUACAUUAGUUUGAUUUACAAUUAGCCAGUGUCAAAUCUAUGUAUUUGAGUUACAUUCAUCUGCAUGAAGUUUGUUGUUUUAGUAAGUUUAGACAAAAGGCUUUGUUAGCUUUUUUUUUUUUUUUUCCCCACUUUACCCAUUACUAUUCAAAUUGGGCCAUGUUGGGUUUAACCAAAAUAAGCUGUUGCUAAUAUUUUUUUAAGCAUGUUUUCAUUGUUAACUGCUUUAGCAUGAGAGGCUUUCAAAUAUAUUUUAAUCUGAUCAUUUGCACUUAGGAAGAAAAAAAAAGUUCAUGUUUGCUUCAAGUUUCAGUUUGAAAAUACAAAUGUAUGUGAAGAAGCAUCAAGUAUUCUUUGGACAUUUUGUUAGUCCUGCCAGAUAUAUGCACUCAAUAAAGUUGUGUAAAUAUA